AUGGCCUCUUCAGCGAUCUCAGCUGCAAAGGCUUUUGUGGAUGGUUGCCAGGCGCUGGGCGACGCUAUGGCAAAGUGGGGACAACCAGAGAAUGAUCUCUACUACAUCAAAACAAUGAACUCCGACUCUGGCCAGAUGGAGAUCUUCUGCUGUACAGCAGAAUCCGGUUACACACAUGUGAUUCCAAGAAAUUACUGUGCACUCUCCUUUGACGAGAUGAUGGCAGGGCACGUUCUCAUCUAUGGUCAGGACCUCUACUACAUCAAGACCAAGAAGACUGCAUCAGGCAACGUUGAGAUUGCCCGUUAUCCAAAAUCGAAAGACUACCGCGAGACGGAUAUCGCAUUGAUCAGUAUUCCGUUAAGACUCUCCGAUGCUGCUGACGGGUAUUUCACAUUCUCUAACAACGACCUAUAUUUCAUUCGCGAUCGCAACACAGAAUCGGCAACGGUAGAGUUAAGCCGCUGGUCAUUCAAGUCAGCAUUCCAAAAACAAACACUAUUCACCACAACACCAUUCCUCGUCGAAAAGGCCAGCAAAGGCCAGUGGAACAUCUGGGGUGAACAUCUCUACUUCGUGCAAACAGCUGGUUCAAAAACAGAAGGCACAAACGUAACGAAAGUCAUUCUUCGAAGUACUCGGUCAGAAGGCGAUCACCCGAAUUACAAAACCAUCACAAACGACAUCACGACAACGUAUCAAAAUGAGCAUGGCAAGGGUGACUUUUAUGUCACAAAGGAUUUGAUGAUGUACUUCCUCAAAUUGAGAGAGACAGAGAAUCCCGGCAAGUAUAUCGAGAUGCACGUAGCAAAUAAUGCAAGAGGUCUGGACAAAGAGCCUAACCAUUACGUUACGCCCUUUGGACCCAGCGACCCGGGCAAUGGUGUGUUCUGUUUAGAUAAAGCGGCACCGCCACGACAGGUAAGAUAUAGAUAG